AUGUGUUUUAGCCAAUCACCUCCUCAUUAUCAUGUGACUGCUGCUGAGAUCCUCCAAGAGACCCUCGCUGUCCGUGCUCUGUUCACAGUGCCCAGACAGAGGUUGGAUCUGCUGCCGUUUUACGCCCGUCUGGUGGCCACUCUUCACCCGUGUAUGUCUGACGUGGCUGAAGACCUCUGCUCCAUGCUCAAAGGAGACUUCAGAUUUCAUAUCAGAAAGAAGGACCAAAUCAACAUUGAGACCAAGAAUAAGACGGUGAGGUUCAUCGGAGAGUUGGCCAAGUUUAAGAUGUUCUCCAAAACAGACACGCUGCACUGCCUGAAGGUGAUGCUGUCUGAUUUCUCUCAUCAUCAUAUCGAGAUGGCCUGCACGCUGCUGGAGACGUGUGGACGUUUCCUCUUCCGCUCUCCAGAUUCUCACCUGCGCACGAGUGUCCUGCUGGAGCAGAUGAUGCGCAAGAAGCAGGCUCAGCAUCUGGAUGUGCGCUACGUGACCAUGGUGGAAAACGCCUAUUACUACUGCAACCCUCCGCCGAUGGAGAAGACGGUGCGCAGGAAGAGGCCUCCGCUGCAGGAGUACAUCCGAAAACUGCUCUAUAAAGACCUGUCCAAAGUCACCACUGAGAAGGUUUUGAGGCAGAUGCGUAAGCUGCCGUGGCAUGACAGUGAGGUGAAGGGUUACCUGAUCUGCUGUAUGGUCAACAUCUGGAACGUGAAGUAUAACAGCACAUGUGUGGCAAACCUGCUGGCAGGACUGGUGGCGUAUCAGGAGGACGUGGGCAUUCAUGUGGUGGACGGAGUGCUGGAGGAUAUUCGCCUCGGCAUGGAGGUGAAUCAGCCCAAGUUUAACCAGCGGCGGAUCAGCAGUGCUAAGUUUCUGGGUGAGCUGUAUAACUAUCGAAUGGUGGAGUCUGCUGUCAUCUUCAGGACUCUGUUCUCCUUCAUCUCGUUCGGGGUGAACACGGACGGUACUGCCAGUCCUCUGGAUCCGCCGGAGCAUCUGUUUCGCAUCCGCAUGGUCUGCACACUUCUGGAUACCUGUGGACAGUACUUCGACCGCGGCUCCAGCAAGAAGAAGCUCGACUGCUUCCUCAUUUACUUCCAGAGGUACAUCUGGUGGAAGAAGAGUCUGGACGUGUGGACUAAAGAUCAGCCGUUCCCUAUUGACAUCGAGUACAUGAUCACAGACACACUGGAGAUGCUGAGACCCAAGAUGAAGCUCUGCUCACUCUGGAGGAGGCCUGCGCUCACGUCAGCCUGCUGGAGAGAGAGUUCCUUGUCAAACUGGAAAAGAGGACUGGAGAAGGACGGCCGCUCCUCCAGCUCUUUGGGCGAGAGUGAAGCUCUGGAUGAAGAGGAUGAUGAUGAUGAAGAUGAAGGAGGAGCGGAGACGGAGGAGCAGUCCGGGAACGAGAGCGAGAUGAAUGAACCCGAGGAGGAGGUGAACAUCAUCACUGAGGGCUCAGAGAAUGAGGAAGAGGAGCGUGAGGAGGAAGAGGAGAACACAGACUAUCUGACCGACUCCAACAAGGAGAACGAGACGGACGAGGAGAACAACCUGCCCUUCAUCUUCAUCAGCAGCCCCUCCUCUUCUUCAUCAGCAGCUCCUCCCCUUCAUCAGCUGCCUCUCCACCUCAUCAGUAUCCCCUCCUCUUCAUCAGCAGCCCCUCCUCUUCAUCAACUGCCCCUCUUUAUCAGCAGCCCCUCUUCAUCCUUUCACCAGCAGCUCUUUUUCUUCAUCACCUCAUAA